GUUUUGAAGUCCAAAGCUCGCUCUAAUUUCAUUUUUUGUUUUGAGCACCUCGUCUCUUGUUUGAAUCGUUUAUUGAAGUUAUUACUGGUCAGUUAUCAAAUGAAGCUAGCACAACAAACUCGGCCAUCUUCAAUAUUACAGUUCACGCAUAUCGUAUGCUCAGGAUGCCAGUAUAUAUAAUGUUGAGCCAGCAAGACUUGCAAGACACUUUUUUCCGGGUUCGCCUGGAAGAACUGGUAUAUAGUUCAACCAUGAGUUAGUCGCUCUCCUCAUUCACUUCUCUUACUCCGUGUCGUCAGCUAUUUACUGGGCCUUGGAAUCUUCACGGCAUUGAUGGGGGAUGAUUGCGGUGGAGGUGGCGGCGGCGGCGACAGCGGCGGGGGCGGUGGUUGCUAUGAUGGAGGUAGCAGCUCCUGGGUUGGAAGUGGCGGCGGGGGCGGUGGUUGCUAUGAUGGAGGUACCAGCUCCGGGGUUGGAAGUGGCAGCGGAGGCGGUGGUUGCUAUGAUGGAGGUACCAGCUCCGGGGUUGGAAGUGGCGGCGGGGGCGGUGGUUGCUAUGAUGGAGGUACCAGCUCCUGGGUUGGAAGUGGCAGCGGAGGCGGUGGUUGCUAUGAUGGAGGUACCAGCUCCUGGGGUGGAAGUGGCGGCGGAGGCGGUGGUUACUAUGGUGGAGGUACCAGCUCCUGGGUUGGCGGCAGUGGUGGUGGCUUACAGACGAGCAGUCAAACGACUGGAGGAGAGUGCAGCAAGGGCCGUGCGUGGGCGUUGGGGAUAUGCAUGAUAUGCAUAUUCAUGGUCAUAAUUUUCCUGAUAAUCAUCCUGCGUUAAUAUUGGUUGGAAUGACAUAAAAAACCAUAACUAUAGUAAAAUAUAACUAUAUAAAUUAAAGCUGUUUUAUUAUUUAUUGUAGAUUACCUUUAUAAUGCAUUUACGUUUCCGCUCUACAGGCCAGGGAUGCGUUCCGCACGUUUUUUGUUAAAUACCAAGGUUGAAAUUAUAUCCGUGAUAAGGUGCUUUUUAUCUCAUUAAACAAACUCAACAAUAUCUAUAAAAAUCAAAAUAUACACGUACGAAGUUGCAAGAAUUUAUGGCCAUUGCUAUAUCGAUCCAUAACCAUUAUGAAAUUUUUAUGACAGUUUCAAAUGAUCGAAUUUUUAUCAAAUG